UGAGGAAUACAUUAAAGGUGAUCCUUAUAUUCGAGAUAUGAGAAAAACCAGUGGACACAUAGCAUCUUUAACAUCUGGAGGUUGGCAUCCAAGUGAUAAGCAAACUUUUAUUACAAGUUCUAGUGACAGUACUAUAAGAAUAUGGGAUGUAGGAACUAAACGUAAACAAAAAAGUGUUCUUGUACAUAAAUCCAAGGAUCGUGGUGGAAGAAGCACUGUGACAACUACUUGUUAUAGUCCAGAUGCAAAAUUGAUUGCUGGUGCAAAUGGUCCUUACGUUCGUCCUUCUCAUUUGAUAGAAAAUGCACAUCGACCAUAUAGUGAAACAUCAUCUAUAAUUUUUUCUAGAGAUAAUUAUACAAUGGUUACCAGAGGUGGUGAUGAUUGUGUCAAAGUUUGGGAUGUAAGAAAUUUCAAAUCUCCUUUAUCUCAUGCCCAAAAUUUGCCAACAUUUAAUGUAGAGACAAAUGUUAUAUUCAGUCCUGAUGAACGAAUGAUUAUCACUGGUGUUGCUGUUAAAAAAGGAGAAGGUUAUGGAAAAUUAGUAAUGAUGGAUCGUAAUUCAUUAGAAAUCGUGAGAACAAUGAGUAUUACAAAAUCAAGUGUUAUUCGAGUAUUAUGGCAUUCUCGAAUAAAUCAAGUAUGA